CAUUACAUCGAAAACGUUGUAAAAAAAAUGGCUGCCGUAGAAAGCACUAACAUGUCAUUAAUGCAGUCAGAAGAACCGCUUAAACUAUCUGAUUUAUUAGAUCGAGGAUGGAAACUAUAUGAGGAGGUGGACACCACAAAUGAUCCCAUCGCAGCCACCCAUAUCCAGGUCAAAAUCAAGCGUGGGAUAACGCAACUUGAAGUGGCAACGCGAAUGGUGGCCCAACUCGACUUGUUCAGCCGAAAUGAGGAUUUGGAGGAGGUAGCAACCACAGAUCUGAAGUAUCUUAUGUUGCCUGCCUUCCUGGGGGCUCUAACUAUGAAGCAAGUGAACCUGGCAAAACGACUAGAUCACGUUCAGAUAGCUAGAUGUUACUUUUUGGACUUCUUGAAAAGAUGUAAGGAGUAUAACAUAUCAAAGUUUGAACUACCCAAAAUCAUUGAAAACUCUGCUGACAUACCAGAAGAAGAAUCUGCAAAUGGGCAACCCAAACCUCCAGACCUAAUUGCGAUGGCAACAGUUAGAGCGGCAAAGAUAGAAAGAUACAAACAGAGGAAGGACACAGAGGCCAAGCUAUCAGAGAUCAAGGCAGCAGUGGACAGUGGGCAGGCAGACGACGAGAUAGUCCGAAACUUUUACCUCCUCAAUGUGAGGAAAUGGAUUGCUGUAUCCCUGGAGGAGAUAGAGAGCAUUGACCAGGAAAUGGAGAUUUUGACCAGGAUGGAUGUUCUAAAACAGAGUUCAGCAGAGCCAUUACACUCUAAAAGGCCUCCCAUGAAACCCUUCAUUCUCACCAAAGAUGCUGUUCAGGCCCGAGUAUUUGGGGCAGGCUAUCCCAGCCUACCUACUAUGUCAGUGGAUGACUGGUAUGAACAGCACAGGAAGAAAAAUGCCUUGCCAGACCAGGGGAUCCCACGCAGCGCUGAGGACUUUGAUGCAGAAGAGCGAGAACAAGAAGAGAAAGAGAAGCGGGUUGAAAACGACGAUGAGGAGGCCUUGCAGAAAGCUAGAGACUGGGACAGCUGGAAGGAUACGCAUCGGAGAGGCUAUGGGAACCGUAAAAACAUGGGCUAACAACCAUCUAACAAAGCAACAGUGCCAUGCCUGGUCUGCAGUGUUCAUCUACUCUCUGUCCCUCUGUAAUACAUAAAAACGUUGCUGGUGUGUAGAGAAACAUGGUCUUGAAGAAAAGGGAGGUUUAUACAAUCCCAGACAGAAACGGUGUAAGUGUCUGUUUAUGGUCUCUUUUUAUUCUGAUGCUGCAAAUCARGGCUUUAAUUGUGGCCGUAUCAGAGGAAAAUGAUUUAUUGGCAGCCAUUAAUAUUAUCUGCAGGUUCCAUACUAAUAUACAACCAAGUAUUUCCACCAAGGCGUAGUCUGUCGAGAUGGUGCAGUGCUAUGCUUGAGAAGAUUAGUAAAGUGAAUUUGAUGAUCAAUUGAUUAACAGCUGUUCCCAAGUGGAUUCAUAUUUCCUGAGAGUAUCCAASAGUACUUAGAGAGACUUUGUGAAAAACUACAGAGGUGGUGGUAACAAUCMACAGUUCCAAAAAACUGCUAUUGUAUAUUGUCAUCCAAGCUUAAUGUGUUUAGUGAUGGAAAAGGUAGCUUGUGUGCUUAUACAGUCUCCUGAAAUGUGGCUCUAUACUCCAGCAUUUUGGUUUUGAGAAUAGUUGUUUUCUGAUCAGGUGACAGUACAGAAUGUCACCUUUUGUUUUGAGGGUGUUUUCAUAGCUGUUUUGCCGUUUAGAAUUAAUUUGAAGUCCUAAGUAUUUUGACAGAUUCACUUAGUGUAUUCAAAAGUUGGGUAUUUGGACCCAUUUUUACGUUUACAUUUUAGUCAUUUAGCAGACACACCUAUCCGGAGCGACUUAGUGCAUUCAACCACGUAUCUCAGACAAAGUAAGUACAUUUUUGUCAAAGUGUUAUUGUGCAGUUUGUUUUGGUUGUGCUGUGGCUUAUGUUUUGCCCAAUAAUAACUGAAUGGGGUACAACAAAAUAUGUGGGAGGUUAGCAUUUUUUUGGGGGGGGGGUUAUGAUCUUUGUAACCUCACUCAUCAUUAUUCAUUCAUGAUUAUCCAUAAUCAUGGUAUCCACAUGAAUGUCGAAGUAUUCAGAAAGAUCUAUUCUUACAAUAAAAAUGAAAGUGACUCCAAAAUGGCACAAGUCGAUCCCGGUCCCUGAAUUCACCAUUCUGUUCCUAUUGGGCAAAACCGCAAAUGCAUCCAAGUUUGUAGUAGCUUGAUGUAGCCAUUGUGUGUGAGGAAUAUGGGACCAAAUACUAAACUUUUGACUACUUUAAUACACUAUAAGUGAAUUUGUCCAAAUAGUUAUGACUUUUUUAAAUGGGGGACUAGAUAUAUUAAUUUAUUUAAUUUUUUAAUUGUACAACAGACCCUCGCUGCUGGCAUUCUGUAUUGUCGCCUAAUAUGAAACAUUCUCAAAUCUAAAAUACUGGAGUAUAGAGCCACGUUUAAAAUGGUUUGCUUCACUGUCAGAAUACAUAUGGAGUAUAUACAAUAUUUUUCCCUCUGAUUGAUGUCCAUUGUAACACUGAAUAAUGGUUUUGUAAUACAGGUGUGAUGCACUUAAUUACAGAGAGCCACUCCCUUUUCAUCUUGUUUUGCUGAAUACUUUUUUGUUGUUAAAUAACUUGUGUGACAGCCAAUUUGCUCUUUUCUCAAAAUAUAUGGCUGACUCAUUUGAUUUCUUUCCCACCUCUUACACAUGUACAGUUUGAACAGGCACUGAUUUUGACAGACUUGGUCGAUUCCUUUGUCAGAGUUGAUAAUGACUAGUGGUUGGUCUAUUUUUUACAGAAUAGCAGGAAUGCUGUGUGCAAAACCUGCAUGGUUCCCAUUGUAACAACAAAUUAUUUGAGUGUUUUGUACUUUUCUCAUUGUUUCUUAAAGAAGUUGCUAGUGUGUAUAAAAAAUAUGGAUACAGUCCAGAAUAAAUAUGAUAAGCUGCUAUGGCCAAGCAAAUUGUUAUUGGCACACUGAUAUUCACACGCACAAAAUGUGCAUGAAUCAAAAUCAUAUAUAUAUUGAACAUGACUAAUAUUGCUCCCAUGUAACUUGAUAUGUGUCUUUUGGUGAAAGCAUCAAUUGUGAUCUCAAAAUGUAUUUCUGUUUCGAAGCCAAUUAAAUCAAUAUAUUGGA